AUGGCACCUCUUGCGGAAAAUGGACCCGCCAUACUUUAUGGUCGAUCGGGUGAGGUCCACCCACGCAGUUUUAUCCACGACCUGGAGUCCCAACUGUUGCAUCUAGAGCGCCAGCUUGAAGGAGUAGGACAAACAGAGGCUGAGGAGUCCCCAGCGACUUCAACGCUACGCUCUGAUGAUGAGCAUGCCCAGGACCUCAUUCGCGUUGGCGGUGAGGGGCAUGCUCACUUUAUCGGAGCCUCAAGUGGUAUGUACUUGGUCCGGUCGGUGCUAGAGUCUGCGCAACAGAAAUACCCAAACUUCGAUUCUCCUUCUGAGUCCACAGACGCCCCGCGGGCUGGACCUAAAGAAACAGCUAGCAGUAAUACCAGAAUCGCGCUCCCAUCACGAGAGACUGCCAACAGCCUCAUCGACACUUUUUUCAGCCAAUAUCAGGUUCAGUAUCCCAUACUAGAUCAAAAUGAAUUCACAAAGUCUGUCUCGGACUUUUACGACCGCCAAGAUACAAGACGCGACCAUUCUCAAUCGGAACCUGGCGAUGUCUGGACCCGUUUCAUGCUUAAUAUGGUCCUUUCAAUCUCCCUAAUUUUCAUGUCGAACGACCAUGAUGAGAGCUUGGCUAUUUCCAAGGGAUUCACUGCCAAUGCGAUGGCUGAUGUGAGCCUCAUAAUGCAGACGAAGAAUGUGCAGUCCGUGCAGUGUCUGCUGUUACUGCUCCUACUCUCCAUCCUGGACUCAACUUCUGCGCCAGUCUGGUAUAUCUCUGGUCUCUGUAUGAGAAUGUGCAUUGACCUGGGCUACCAUUCAGAGAAAACGAUCGCUAUUUCGUCGUCGGCUAAGGAGAGUGAUAUGGAGAAAGUGAAUGAAGCAGAUACAAAAAGAAGGCUCUUCUGGAUUACGUUCAGUUUUGACAGAACCCUUAACAUACUUCUCGGUCGCCCAUUUACGUUUGACGACUUUACUGUGGACAUUCACUUACCCGAACAAUCAUUGUUACCACGGAAGAGGCGCCAAAUACUCCAUUGGCUUGAGUUACAACGGUUCCAAAGCGAGAUUGUCCAUAAACUUCAUACAGUACGGAUUGAUGCCACCCGUCCAGAGCAGGAGGAAACAGAGCUUUCCCAAUGGACAAACGAGAUGGCCCUGCGUUUGAAAGCUUGGAAUUCUGUGGCUCAGACCCUUACCGACUCAGAUGGCCACAAUAUCAACUGGUGGGGAUACUGGUAUAGAACAGCUCUACUCAUUCUAUACAGACCAUCACCAUCACGGCCGAACCUGAACGCAGCAGACACACUAUCUUGCUAUUCAGCAGCCAAAGAUCUCAUCCAGCUCUCCUUCCUCCGUAUCAGUGAAGGGCUGAUGGAUUUCACCUGGGUUGAUCUCCACUUCCAGUUCAUGAGCGGCAUUACACUUGUCUUCAUUGUCUGGAAAAGUACAGAGGCACGGGCCAAGGCGAAAGAAGACUGGGUGUCGUUCAAGAGCUGUCUGUUCCAGUGGAAGCUCAUACUAGAGAGACUUGGAGGCAGAUGGGAACGGAUUGCACGGGCUAGAGAGGCGUUGUCGAAAUUGGCAGAUGCUACUAUUGAUCUUGUCGAAAAAGAGUUGGUGCGAUCAGCAGGAGGUGGCCAAAACCUACCGAUACAGCAUGAUCUUGAAGAAGGCCGGCGAGAUCGUAGGCGUUCAAUCAUACAGCAGCUGCGGACCCAAGACCUCGAAAGCCAGACUCAACAAAACUCAGGACAGAUAACGGACAGUCUCCAUCUACAGGAGCCUGGUGCAUGUCCGGUUGAUACACGCUCUAACAGGGCCGAACCAGAACGCGCAUACAAUACUACCCUGACCGAUAACACGCAUCAAACAGGCAGCACAAAUGUUUGCCCCCCACAAUCGUCGGAAGAAGGUUGGGCCAAUAUCAGCCAACCUGCCAAUAUUGAACAACGCAAUUUAUUUGAAGACGGCCAGCUUAACGAUAUGUCUAACCUGCCGGCAGAGGAACUAUGGCCUCUCUUCGAUCUCUCCGACAUCGCGGCUGCACCGGACGAACUGAAUUUCUGGACAUACUUUUCAGCCCCAAUGUUAGGCGUGGAUGACAUGGCUACGUCGCAGUUUAACCCUAUUGGCAGGCCGGAUGAAGUGUUUACAAAUAGUAUUCUGAAUUUUCAUGGAGAUUUGAGUAAUAUGACUCCUCAUAUGCCUGUCGAGUAUGCUGAGGAGGGGGAUUAUAUGCAAGGAUAUCAUGCAGGGCAGUAG